GCGAGAGAGGAGGGAGACGGGAGAAGAAGAUACAAAAUACAAAUAGGGGGCGGCGGCGGGGGCAAGCGAUGGCAUUGGUGGGGGCGGACCCGACUGGGAGGAGGAAGGCGUCGGCGAGGAUCUACGGGCUGCGCACAUUCCUGGACCCGGGGUGCCCGACGGACUUCUACGGUGCGUUCCGGGACAACGUGCGACGGUUCGUGCGAGAGUGCGCCGACAUCGAGGAGCGGGCUACGGCGGGAAUGCCGACGUGGCGCACGCUGCUGGUGGACGAGCAGAGCGGGCUGGUGGUGCCGCUCUACACCGUCGAGGAGUGCGUCCGCCGCUCCCCCAUCCCCUUCUGCGACUACUGCCGCUGCAGCGGAUGGAGCCACCACUUGGUGUCGAAGCGGCGUUACCACUUGAUCAUCCCGGCCGACGGCGACUGGGACAAGCCCCUCCGCCCCGACGCCUUCUUCGUCCGCAGCCACCUUCUCCACGGCCUCCUCCACUGCAACGGCUUCGGCCACCUCAUCCUCGUCAACGGCCGCGACGGCGGCUCCAACUUCAUCUCCGGUCGCGACUUCAUGGGCCUCUUCGACCGUCUCUGCACCGCCCUCCGCGUCCGGGCAGUGUCGGUGGAGGACGUGUCGGGCAAGGCAUUGAUGGACCUCCGUCUCCUCCUCGGCGUGGCCCAUGGCGCGUCCUGGUUCGCCCGCUGGGGCUACCACUUCUUUAAGGGAAGCUACGGCGUCACACAAGAGGCCUACGACCGAGCCCUUCGCGUCCUGUCGUCGCUCCGCAUCGAGGAACUGAUCGUCGUCCUCGCCAACACCGGUCAAAGCCGCGAGCUUCGCCGCGUCGCAGUCGCCUACCGCAACCUCCAUUUGCCCGACCGCGACACUAAGCCACUCGUCACCGUCCGCGACUUCGUCCGCUUCCUCCUCGAGCUGAAGCACCGGCCGGCAGCACAAACAAUGCCGCUUCCACCAUCGCCCUCCCCCGCGCCAUUGCCGAGGAGGGCGAUGAAGAAGGCGGUGAGGAAGGGAUACCGCGACUUCACCAAGGUCGCGGCCGAGAUGCAGAGCCGAUGGCCGCUGCGGCGGCUCCACUCCUCUGCUCAGGUCAUCGUGGACGCCCUCAAACGGCACGGACGGAAGAUGACACGGCAGGAGGUCCGCGAGGCCGCGCGGCUCACGAUCGGUGACACCGGCCUCCUUGAUUUUGUGCUGAAGUCCCUCGGCGAUUGCAUCGUGGGGGACCAUCUUGUGCGCCGCACGUCAAAUCCCACCAGCAGGGUGCUCGAGUUCAGCCUGGAGGAGUUCCCAUCUCCUGCGCCUGCGGCGGCGGCGGCGGCAGCAGCAGCAAAGACGGAGCAGAACGAGGAUGUAGUAGUGGUCGCUAGACCGGCAUGGCCGGGCGCUCUGCAGGUGGAGAGGGACCUUCUGACAGUGUACCGGAGCAUGUUGGCGGCGCAGCCAGAGGCGGCGGGAAAGGUGCUGGACGCCAAGCACUGGGUAAAGCAGUGGGGACUGCAGGACGACGUGGACGACCGGCUCCGGUUCCUGGUCAUGUGGGUUCCGAAUCAGGAGGAGCUGGAGGAGCUGACGCGGGCACUGCCGCCGCCGGAGGUGGUAGUGGUGGAGGCGACGGCGUCGGUGGGGGAGCUGAGAGCGGAGGCAGAGCGGGCGAUGCGGGACACGUACUGCGUGAUGGAGGGGUUCAGGGUGGAGGAGAUGGAGGGGGUGGAGGGGAAGGACUGGGAGCCGGUGCUGCUGGGCGGGGCGGAGUCCGGGGCGCUGGUGUGGGUGCGCGGGGACGGCACGGACAUGGACUCAGUGUUGAGGUACGAGGGCGGCGCGGACACGUGGUCCGUGGGGUGCGCCUGCGGGGCGCAGGACGACGACGGGGAGCGCAUGGUGGCCUGCGACGCGUGCGACAUGUGGCACCACACGCGGUGCGCCGGCAUCGGCGACGGCGAGCCGGUGCCCCCGCUGUUCUUCUGCGCCAGGUGCGGGAGAUCAGUGAUGGCGGCCGGCCAGAUGUAGUGAGAAGAGUCGCCUUGGGUGCGAGCGAGCUUUGACGGACAUGACUUUUGUCACGGCAGCAACACAUUCAUUUUCUUUACUGACGUCCCCGAGGGGCAGUGUAAGGGUAUAAUACAGUGCAAAAAGAGAAGGGAUCGAUGGAUCCCCCAUGCAUAACAUUCGUUGAUUUGUUUGUGUACGAAGGAUAACACUGGCGAUCCGAUGGGUUCUAUGGUUGUACAGAUGAAACUACAAGUGUGUCCUCAAAUUUCCAAAUCCCAAUUAUGGGAUUAGUACAGUUUGGCACAAGUAAA